AUGACCUCCCUCUUCUUCUCCACGCCCGUCGACAUCGAUGUGGUCCUCGAAGACAGCGAUGAGCGUCAGACGGUUGAUGUCAAGCUCGACAAGGGCCGUCGCGAGAGGGUCCCCCUCUACAUGGACGGAGAGUCUGUCAAGGGUGCUGUGACGGUCAGACCUAAGGAUGGAAAGCGUUUGGAACACACGGGCAUCAAAGUGCAAUUCAUUGGCACGAUCGAAAUGUUCUAUGACCGCGGUAACCACUACGAAUUCCUGUCGCUGGUACAGGAGCUCGCAGCUCCCGGAGAACUGCAGCACCCCCAGACCUUCCCGUUCAACUUCAAGAAUAUCGAGAAGCAAUACGAAUCAUACAACGGUAUCAAUGUUAAGCUACGAUACUUUGUCCGCGUGACAGUGUCCAGGCGCAUGGCGGACGUAAUUCGGGAAAAGGACCUCUGGGUCUACUCCUACCGCAUGCCCCCGGAGACCAACAGCCCCAUCAAGAUGGACGUUGGUAUCGAAGAUUGCCUGCACAUUGAGUUCGAAUACUCCAAAUCCAAGUACCACCUCAAGGAUGUCAUCGUGGGACGCAUCUACUUCCUCCUCGUGCGCUUGAAGAUCAAACACAUGGAGCUAUCCAUCAUCCGUCGUGAGACGACUGGAUCUCCGCCAAACCAGUACAACGAAAGUGAGACGCUCGUGCGCUUCGAGAUCAUGGAUGGAUCACCUUCCCGAGGUGAAACCAUCCCCAUCCGUCUGUUCCUAGGAGGAUUCGACCUUACCCCGACAUUCCGCGACGUGAACAAGAAGUAUUCGACACGCUACUACCUCAGCUUGGUGCUUAUCGACGAAGACGCUCGCCGUUACUUCAAGCAAUCCGAAAUUGUCCUCUACCGUCAAGCUCCCGAGAUCGCCACCACCCCUCAAAUCGCCCAGCAGCAACAGAUCCAACAACAGCAGCUCCUCCAACAGCAGCAGCAACAGCAACAGCUGCCUGCCGGUUCGGCGACAGCCGGCCCCGGACGGACUGACACCCAGCCUCAGUUCACUCAGCAAAUCUCUGCUCAGGCGGCUUGA